UCCACAAUCAUGGCCGCAAAGACCAAGGCGCAAGACAUCAUCGACAACAAUGCCGUUGCUGUGUUCUCAAAGUCCUACUGCCCGUACUGCAAGGCAACCAAAUCACUGUUGAGCGAGAUGGGCGCAAAACCCUACAUUAUCGAGUUGGACCAAGUCGAUGACGGCGCUGCAAUCCAAGAUGCGCUUGAGGAGAUGACCCAUCAAAGAUCAGUGCCUAAUAUCUUCAUUGACAAGAAACAUAUUGGAGGCAACUCAGAUUUGCAGGGCAAGAAGAGCGAGCUACCAAACAUGUUAAAGGCGGCCCACGCCAUCUAG